AGUUUUUAACUUAGUCAUAAUCACACUCUGCACACAAUUCUGAAUUACUUUAUUCCACACGGUAACACAUCAAAAACAUAUCGGCAGUCCCACUGGUGGGAACGUCAGUAUUUGCAUGAGGAUCCCUCAGGCAGGUCUGUCUUAAUUCCCAGCAUCCUUCACUCUUGUCAAUAGCAGUACCAUAUGUCUUGGUAACUAUUUUCCUGUCAUUUGUAAUUUUCCUUUGCAGAUGAGACUUCUGGAGGGCUGGAGGCUAAAGAAUGUCCAGCCUGUGGCAGUGCACAUCUGGGCGAAAGAGGUGAUGCCAAAGGCAUCAUGCCCUCAGCUCAUUUCCCUCACUCCCAUCCAUCUCCCCGGCCACACGCACCCCUUCCGGGGCUUCCGGUACCUCUUAAAUGCUGAUGGAACCCUGUGACGUUGACCAAGUUUCCACUAAGCAGUACAGUAGCCACUCACCGCGCGCUGUUAAGCUUAACUUAAUCAAAGUGAAUUACUUAAAUGUCAUCCAUACGAAAAAUUCAGUUCCUCCACUGCACCAGCCACAUUUCAAGUGCUUCACAGCCAUCUGUGGCUGGUUGCCACUCUCCUGGAUGGCACAGGUACAGAACAUUUCCUCCAUCACCCAAAGUUCUGUUGGCCAAUGGGGCUCUAGAUUUCUCCCUUCCCAAACUUACCACUGGCCUAGAACUCUCCACCAGGGUUAAAGGAGCCAGCUGUCCUGAAUCAAUUCCCAGGCCUCUUCCACUCUAACUCGCUCUCUCCAUCAUUACUAACAUUGCCGACGGUCAGCAUUCAGCCCCCUCUGGAUGGAUUACUGCUCCAUCCUGUCCCUGACCCUUGGCCUCUCAUCCUGCCCUACUCUCAGCCACCCCAACAACGAGCUUCCAGCACAGUUCAUCUGAUCAUGGGCCAGCCUCAGGGUGGAUGGUGUUGAUUCCCAUCCUGGCAUGCCCACGCUGUAGCUUUUACCCUUUAACCUUUGCAGUUCCCCCCCUGCCACGUGCUGUGUCCUUCCUAGCCACAGGACCUUUGCACAUGCUGUCCCCACUGCCCUUCCUUCUUCACCUGUCUGUCUGUGGAUAUAACCUCUUCCAGGAAGCCCUCCCUGAACCCUUCCCCUCCUCGGUGCUCUCCCAACAGCCCGAGCACACAGCUGUCACAACCCCCGUUGGGAUGGUUCCCUCAUCUCCCCCACUGCACUGCAGGCUCCUUGAGGGCACGGCAGGAGUCAACCCCAUCUCCCUCAUGCCUAGCCGAGGGCUUGGCACACAGGAGGGGUUCUACACUGUGCUGCGGAGUGGCAUCUGGAGAGAAGGGUGUGGCAAAAGGACCAACCCACCUGGCACUGCCCCAGGAAACUCUUCACUCAGGUGUGACUGUCUGAACCCUUUCCUUGGGCCCUACCCCACAGCUGGUGGGGGACCCAGAAGUAGAGGACAUGCCCUGUGCCCCUACAGGCUCACAGGAGAUCUGCUGGACUCAGCAAAACUGGGAGGUAAGUAAGUUUGCCCUCAACUGUGCCCCGUUCGCCUUGCAACCACGCUGCCUGCCCCCACUGGGGACUCUGGAUCCAGCCUUUCCCCUUGCCCACCUCACAUAUUCCUGGUUCUUAAUGCUUUUCCUUGGGGCCAUAUUUUGGAUUAUAAAGUCAUUUGGGCUAGCCUCACAAUGUCUCAGUCCCAAAGAGAGAAUCCCAGACACAAAAGAUUCUCCAGGAAAACACAGUGUGUAUUUUAUACGGUGGGACCCGAGUCCCCAGAGUCCCCCAGGGGAUAGUGCUCCUGCCUGGGGCCACAGAGCAAAUCUGCACUGCCCCAGGCUGAGUCCCUUGGGCUGCGAGGCAGCAUUUGACCAGGCUGCCACAGAAACAGGUGCUUAUACGAGAGGCCACCUCCUCCUUUCUCCCUCUUGCUCCUGCCCACCCUCUAGGAGAGAAGCGUGGGCUAGAGCAAGGCUGGCAGGUGGCAGGGACAUUUGGCUGCAUGCUAAUGGCCAUCUAGCAUCUGCAGCUAGAUGGGCGCAAGUCAGCACGACGCAGAUCCGUUGCCAGGGGAAUAGAAUCAGGAGGGCAGCCAGCUCAGCUGGGAGGAGGGAUGGGGUGGGGGAGGGGCGGGGAUGUGGCUACAGACACUGGCCCAGCUCCUGGGAGCCCCCACCACCUGUCCAGACACUGGAGGCUCCAGGGGCACUUUUCUCAGGCUUGUUUUUAAACAAAACAAAACAAAACAAAACAGAAAAACAGGGGUUUCACAGCCCCUGGGUGAUGCUGCCUCUCGUCCUCAGGGCCAGAGGUGUCCAGGACAUCCAGGCUGAAACGGACCAUAAAGGCUUUACCAUGUGUGGCUGAAGGAACCAAUCCCAGGUCUGGUUCUCUACCCAUUCUAAACCCAUCUCUCCAAGUUCAUAAGCCCAAGUGACAUGGCCGUAGAGUACAGAGCUGCCCAGGCAGGGGCUUAGGGGCUCCACAGGUGCCCAGUGCCCCAGACCUGAAAGGGCCAAAGCAAAAAGCAAAGCAGCAAUAGCCACAAAGCAGGCCCCACGGAGGGACACCCACCAGCAGGCCCCCAGGGCCGCCACCUGGAGCAUGCACAUCUUCCCUGACUGCACAGCCUGCAGGGCCCCGAACAUUCUAGAAAAGGGCUACAACAGCCUUUUCAUACUGCACAUAUAGACAGCCCCAAACACUUCCCAAGGUACCUCUGAAGUCUGACAACAGAGCCUGGAACUCAUUAAUGGUCCAGGACACAGACUCUGACUCCAACCUCGGGUACAGUAAGCACGCCAAGCUGGCAGACCCAGACCCCAGGAAGGGAGAAGGGAGGAAGUCCUUCUGAAUCUCUUUUUUCCCCUGUCGGUUCUCCCCAACCCCAUUCCCAGCUAUUUUGAUUGCAUCAUGGGUGCACUAGGCCAGGCUGGGAACCACGCAAGACUUCCAAAGAAUUAAUUCUCCCUGCUCUGGCUUUGGGCGGGGGGCAGGGGGUAGUUUAGACUACAUAGAUGAUUUCUGGACACACGUAAGCCUAACAGACAAGAGAACACAUUUCUAUAUGAAUUUCUAGGGGAGAGCAGAUGAUCCUGACCAAGCACAAUUCCCACAAAAUCCUCUUAAUUCAUCCCUAAAAUUGAAGGGUUUUAGUUUAGCUCGUGGCUUUGAUUUCACAAGUUUGCAUUAAAUCUCUUCCUCUCUCUAACAUUCUUUUAAAGUAGGGGGCAGGGAGCUGUAAUGAAAAAUGUUGGAUAAUGUUUCACACCCACCCAAUAGCUACCCACAUCCCAACUGUCCCCCGACAACUCUUCAGUCUGGGUCCUUUUUUGUUUUCUUUUGUCGCCAAAAUGGGGCAGAAAAGUUGGUGCUGGCGCCUUCGGCGAUGAGGAGGUGCCUUGCCCCUUCGUGACGCACACGACUUGGAGAUGCGGCUCUUCAUUCAAGAAGCACCGAACACCUGCUGUGUGCCAGGCACUGGGCAGUGGGCCUGAGAACACCUCGUGUCCCGGAGAGAGGGGCUUGAGUGCAGGUGCGCAGGUGCAGGAGCUGGGACCGAUGCCUUUCUUCAGUUUACUCUCUCUGCAUGUGCUGUAAAAUGGGAC